AUGGCCGACCAAAGAACAAGCGCGGAAGGAUUCACGCUACCACGCCCAAAAAAUACAGUGAAGGAGGCGGCCAUUGCUGCCACUACAGCCGCCAUUGCUCCACCCCCUGUCGCGACGAGGAACAGGUUCGGGGCCCUAGCAGACAUUUUUGCCGCAGAAGACCCCAACCCCAGCUGCUCUACCACCAUCGCCGCCAGCACCACCAAGCCCCCCAGUGCUCAGGUUUCUGCUCCACCUCCAAAUCAAACAAACUCAACUCAGGGUAAGCCUCCACCUAUUUUUAUUCACUCCACCAUUGUCAACCAUUCGGGACUGUGCAAACUUCUAGAGGACACAGCCAAAGAUAAAUUUGAGGUUAAGUACCUCAAAACCCAGACUAAUAAGGAACCUGAAAAACAAGAAAUCUCCAGGACAAGACCAAAUUACAGCACUCCAACUCAAAAACCUACCCAACCGAAUGAUCAUCCAGCUUUUCUACAUCCUCAGCCUUCUAGGCAAAAUCCUAGAGAAAAUCAUCCUGAUGCAUAUACAAACCCACCUCUCAGAAAACAACUCCCUAAUCCCAGAACAAUUUGGCUUCCGAGUCAAACACUCCACAAUCCACCAAGCUCUCAGACUGCAGGAAGACAUUGCGCUAGAAGUGAACAAGAACAGAUCGGUGGCUCUAGUCCUACUAGACCUCCAGAAAGCCUUCGACACUGUCUGGCACAAUGGACUCCUGCUAAAACUACAGCACAUCAACCUCCCCAAACACCUAAUCAAGAUAUCCCAAAGUUUCCUACACAACAGAUCAAUGACUAUAUACCACAAUGGCACAAAAUCCGAACCCAGACCUCUACACACAGGAGUCCCGCAAGGGGCCCCCGGCCCCAGGUACUGCAGCUAAAACAGGAAAAACAGCAAAAUCAAACGAGGGAGGACUCGACCUUGGGACUCCUGGAAGCGCCAGCCAGUGAAGUGCCGAACCAUUUUGGACCGAGGCCCAAAAGGCAACACCAGGAGGUGCCCUCCAGAAUCAAGCUGGCCACAGGGCCAAACAAAACUAAACACCUCCAUCGUCAGGCAGCGCGAUGGGAAGGUGAACCAUACGCGCCAAUAACAGUUAGGAGGAGAGCAACCUCGCUCUCCGACUCAAGUAGAGCAACACCAAUCUCCACCGCCGCCACCACAAGCACGAACAUGGACACGUCCAAACCAACAACAUCUACAUACUCCAAUAUCUCCGCGGACGGAUUCAUCCUACACCGAACAAAAAGGACAUCGAAGGAAGCAUCCGCCGACGAUUCCGGAGCACCGACGCGCCCUGCCACCCAGCCAACGCCCAUCAGUAACAGAUUCGCCGCCCUGGCGGACAUCUUUGACAUCAGCAACGACGCCAACUCACAACCCAGCCCCAAGGAGCAGGUAACGCCCCCUAACGACCCAACUCCAUCUGCAGCCCAAGGUAAGCCGCCGCCGAUAUUCAUUCACACGCACAUCAAAGACCACAACGGACUCUGUGACCUGAUAAAAUCUACCAUCGACAACAAGUUUGAGGUGAAAUACCUUUCAAAUCAAGCCAAAGUCACCCUGGCCACUACACCCGACUUCCUAGCCACCAAAAACCUCCUAACCGACAGCAACAUACAAUAUCACACAUACUCCCUGACAGCGGAAAAAACAAUUGCCGUAGUCCUCAAAGGACUCCCCAAACUCCCGACGGACGAAAUUCUAGCGGAAAUACAGGCGAAGGACCUAAACGCCCUCUGCUGCUCAGAACUCAAACGAAAAAUACCCAGCUACCUCGCGACAUACAAGGUAAUUUUUGCUAAAGGCACCACCCUGCAGCAAAUAAACCAUGUUAGAAAUGUAGCUCACACCCGAGCAUACUGGGAAAAAUAUAACAGCUCCCGCCCUUACAUUCAGUGCUACCGAUGCCAGGCAUUCGGACAUUCCUCCUCCAACUGCACCAAAGCACACAAUUGCCUAAAGUGCGCGGGCAAACACAGCACCCAAGAGUGCACCAAACCCCCCACAACCCCAGCCACAUGCUGCAACUGCGGAGGCUCCCAUCCGGCCAACUAUAGCCAGUGCCCUUCCCUAUUAGCAUUCCUCAAGAAACGUUCCACUGCACAAAACCCCCCACCACAAGUGAGCAAAACAUCACCAACAUCCAACCCCACUCCCUGCAGCGUGCCCCCACCAAUAACACUCACACCCCCCCAGCAAAGCCUUCCCACAGUAACCCCCAGAAAAACAUAUGCCAGUAUCACCGCCCAAAACAGACAGACUACACAACCGGACCUCUCAAGCUUAUUCGCUAAGGCUCAAGCCAUUAAUGAAAUCCUGGACAUAAAUAGCAUGGCCGCAGCCCUCGACUUUCUGUACACUAAACUCAGCACAUGCAACACUAAAGUUCAGAAACUUCAAGCGUUCCUUGAAGCCACCGAACUCAUAAAUGGCUAA